AUGAGACCUGCAGUGUUCAAAUCCUACCAGGCCUCGUCUGGCAUUGCCUUGCUCGCAUUAGUGCUGGGUGUUUCGGCAGACUGCGCUCUUCCAUCCACCUAUAGUUGGACAUCGACUGAUGCACUAGCCGAACCCAAGUCAGGAUGGUCAGCGCUCAAGGAUUUCACCAAUGUAAUCUACAAUGGCCAGCAUCUAGUGUACGCAUCUGUACCCGAUACCUCAGGGAACUACGGCUCCAUGAACUUUGGUCUCUUUUCAGACUGGUCGGACAUGGCAUCGGCGAGUCAAAACGCCAUGAAUGUCGGCACUGUUGCCCCCACGCUCUUCUACUUCCAACCCAAGGACGUGUGGGUUUUGGCAUAUCAAUGGGGUUCCACUGCAUUCUCCUACCGAACAUCCAGUGAUCCCUCAGACGCAAAUGGAUGGUCUUCCGAGGAAGCCCUUUUCUCUGGAAGUAUCACCGACUCUGAUACCGGCGUGAUCGACCAAACUGUCAUUGGAGAUGCCUCAAACAUGUACCUGUUCUUCGCCGGCGAUAAUGGGAAGAUCUACCGGACCAGCAUGUCGAUCGAUGAUUUCCCAGGCGACUUCGGUACCGUUUCAGAAGUGAUCAUGAGCGACACAGCCGCAAAUCUGUUCGAAGCCGUCCAGGUCUACACUGUCCAAGGACAGAACCAAUACCUGAUGCUUGUUGAGGCGAUUGGAGUGAAUGGACGUUUCUUCCGGUCCUUCACGGCCGAUAGCCUUGACGGUACAUGGACCGCGCAAGCGGCAACUGAGGACCAGCCCUUUGCUGGAAAGGCCAACAGCGGUGCGACUUGGACCAACGACAUAAGCCAUGGAGAUCUUGUUCGCAGUAACCCUGAUCAGACGAUGACCGUUGACGUGUGCAACCUGCAGCUUCUCUACCAAGGAAGAGAUCCGAAUGAUAACACCGACUAUAACGUUCUGCCUUAUCGGCCAGGUGUUCUGACGCUGCAGCAGUAA